AUGGCUGAAAUCAGACAAGCAACAAUGUUUGAUAUAUCAGCGAUUCAAGCUUGUGACUUGCUUUGCUUUCCGGAUGAAGAUCCUUGGGAUUAUUUUCUUUAUGAAGAAUAUAUAGUUUUUUGGCCUCGACUUGUUUAUGUUGCAGAAGACUCUGUUACUGGUUGUAUUGUGGGAUAUGUUUUUGCUCAGGUGGACGGAGAAGGCACCGAAAAUCAUGGUUAUAUUGCAAAUUUAUGUGUUGUUCCUACUCACCGUAAACAAGGGAUUGCAAAGGAACUCAUGGAUGCUUCUCAGAACGCGUUAGUACAAGAAUAUGGGUCUGAAUAUGUUUCUCUUCAUAUUCGAACAAGCAUUGCAGCCAAACUCAUGACUGCUGCUCAGAACGCUUUGGUGCAAGAAUAUGGUUGUGACUGUGUAUAUCUUCAUGUUCGUCAAAGUAAUUAUGCUGCAAUUGAUCUUUAUAUCAAAAUAUUAGGGUAUAUAUUCCAUGACACUAUUGCAAAGUUUUAUGUUGAUGGCGAAGAUGCUUAUGUAAUGAGGAAACAACUUCCAGGAAAACAGCCAGAUCAUCUUGUUCUUGGAUUUAGUCAUGGUGGAGGAUGCUUCUGGAGUAAAGCUAACGCCGAGUUGCUGGGGCUACUGGACAGACUGGAAAUUUGUUAG